UGAAGAUGAGCAGAUGGUGACUUUUCCAAGACACCGCGUUCAAUUCUAAACUCAAAGAAAUUUUUUUACAACAUGAAGGAACUUUCGGGGCUGUGGCUUCUCAUCUUGGCCACUUUCCUGGUGCUGGACAGUGUUAGAGGUCAACAAACAACCUCUGCUCCCAGAUUCAGCGAUGGAAGGUAUCGAGGGGCUAAUGAUGGACAAUACAGAGGUGAAAAUGAUGGAAGGUACAUUCCAGGAAACGAGGGAAGGUACACCCACGUUGGGGAUGGCUCAAGGGGGCAGUAUACCGGUGGAGGUGGUGGUGGUGGCGCCUACAUUGGUGGCGGAAGUCCUUUUCCCCGUGGAGGCUUUCAGAGUGAUCGUUUCCGCGUUACAACUGUCUCCCAGGCGCCACCUCCUGUAACUACAGCUGCUCCUGUUAUCGUGACAGCACCCACACGUCCACGCACAGCCUCCCCACCUCCCCCGCCUCCCCCACCUCCUCCACCGCCAGCACAACCAAUUUUGGCGCAAUUGCGUGCAGCUCCAGCAGAUGGGAGAGGAAAUGGUGGCUGGCAGACUCUUCGGCAGGAGAGUGAUGUCACAGUGGACGGUUACCAUUAUCUAUAUGAAACGGAAAAUGGCAUCUUAGCUGAGGAAUCGGGGCGUGUUGAACGUGAAGAUGAAGGACUCAAGAGUCAAGGAUUCUAUCAGUACACCGGAGACGAUGGACAAGUCUACAGGGUGGACUAUGUGGCUGAUGCCAAUGGAUUUGCCCCACGUGGUGAUCAUAUCCCCAAAAUCCCCCCAGAAAUUGAGAAACUCCUCGCCUACCUAGCUGCCAAUCCACCCCGAAAUUAUGGCUACGUAUUGAUCGCUGCUUUCGUCCCAUCGCAGGGGAUUGAUGAUGGCAAAUACAAACCCAAUCAGUACGCAAAGAAAGGACAGUAUGUUCACGAGGACAAUGGUAAUAUAAGAAAAUAUGAGGAGAAUCCAGCAAAGUGGCGCUAUGUCCAUGUCCAUGAUCAACGUGAGAAGGGGAAGUACAUUCACGUCCACAUUCCAUACGAUGGUGGCUAUGGACCAUACUCCCACCUCGACAAUCCCUACAUUCACGAAGACAACCCCUACAUCCAUGACAUUGAGCCCAAGGGAGAGUACAGCCACCUUGACCCCUUCCGUACGGAUGUCUUUUACAUUGAGAAGCCACAAAUUUAUCAAGAAUACGGCUUUCCCCAUCACGAUCCCUUUGGUGCCAAUUCCAAUGGAAAAGAUUCAAAAAUCUCAUCGGAAAAUCAACGAAUUUCCCCCAAUUUUGAUGCAACAGAGACGAUUCUUCUCUCCUCUUCAACUGAGAGGUCCUCACAGAUAGGCUCCCGAAUUAAUCCAACAGGCAUUCAGGAUAAAAUCCUUGGAGCUUCGAGUAAUUUGAGGGGACAAACUGAUCCUUUUGGCAGCAAAGUCUUCAACAUUGAUAAGCCCACAAUUACGCAGGAAUACGGAUUCCCUAAUCAUGAUCCCACAAAGUCCAGAAGCUCACAGGAAGCAAGUCAACUCAUUGAGAAAUCCAAGGAUUCUCUCAAUCCUCUGAGGUUGGAUGUGAGAUUUACAGGAUCCUCAUCAACUCUUGGCUCCAUCGUUAAGGGGGAGAAUAUUGAAGUUCUAAGGACAUCAGCAAACAAAGAAGAACUUUCAGAUCCAUUCAAGAAGAAUUUCUUCAAUGUUGACAAACCCCAAAUUCCUCUUGAAUACGGAUUUCCAGAUCAUGCUGCAGCCACAUCCUCAAGAUUGGGGAAAGAACCUGAAGGGUUGGAAAAAUCUCUCCCAUCUGCAACGGAAAUAAUCUUUGUGAGUUCAACGGCAAGGCCACCAAAGAGGAAUGUUGAAAUUCUUCGGGAAGGUCGUUCAGCGACUUCUGCAACAGAAGAAAAGAAAGAAGAAGGAGCUGAGAAAGAAGAAAUUGCUCUUUUCUUGGGCGUUGCCGCUGCCCAGACAUACCGGCCCUUCUCCUACACAACUACCUUCCGUCCCAUUCUCGAUGGUAGGUACUACGGUGCCUCCGAUGGACGUUACGUGCACGACGACAGCGGAAAGUACGUUCAUGAUCGCAAUGACUACGUUCAUGAUGGCCGUGACUCUGGCAAAUACUUCCACGUAGACAACCCCUACAAGCAUCUCAACCUCAAUGACGGCCGCUACGUUCAUCAGACUGGCAAGACCGGCCCAUCUGGUCCAGCUUUCGUCCCAACAGCCGUUGUUGCCCCCGUGACCGCCCCCUUCGUUGCCCCACACGCCUUCGCUACCCCCGUAGAUAACUACCGCCGCGUGAGCAACUACGGCCAAGGUGAGGGUGGCUGGAGAAUUGUCCAGGACCUCAAGAGCAAUGACGAAGAUGGCUACCACUACCUGUACGAGACUGAGAACAAGAUCCUCGCUGAGGAAUCUGGCCGUGUUGAGAACAAGCACACCGAUGCCGAAGCCCUGAGAGCCACAGGAUUCUACGAGUACGUCGGUGAUGAUGGUCAGAAGUACCGUGUGGACUAUGUUGCCGAUGAGGGUGGCUUCCAGCCCGUUGGUGCUCAUUUGCCCGUUGCCCCACCAAUCCCAGAGGCCAUCCAGCGUGCUCUCAACUACGUUGCUAGCCUGAGGAAGGCGUAA